AUGAAGCCUCUCGCCGUAGUCGCUGGCCUUUUCGCCGCCACCGUCACUGCCCAGCAGUAUUCCGAGUGCACCAGCGAUCUCGUCAGGACCGACGAUUGCGCCGAUGUCAUCAACCCGGCGGCGUGCUACAACCAGUUCCGCUGGAACUCAAGAACUCUGGCAUGCAUUGAGGGAACUGACGAUGCGGACCGCAAGCGCAAGAUCCUCGCCCUCGGGGCCUUUGCCGCCCCCGCCUUUGCCGCACCUGUGGUUGGCCAGUCCGUUGCCGACUACGAGACCAAAGCGAUCGACAAUGGUCAUGCUGAUAUCGCAAAGCGAACAGAUAAGGAUCAAUCUUAUCCGCUCCCGAAGCCCGGGGAGAGACCCUCUAAUUCGCGCCAGGGCCAGAGCCACAGCUCGGUUCAGACAGGAAAGCGUACCUGGCGCAAGACUCAGAUGGAUUUACCUCUGCCUCGGCCACCAAAGGAGCCUUCCGCCCCUACCGGGCCGCCUGCCUCGUUCAACUAUGGCGAGCAGAAUCCCCAGCGGCUCCCACCGCCACCUGGCGGCUAUUACGUGACGUCCCCCCCAGGAAACCAGAAUAACCGGUGGAAAAACUGA